UAUUUACCGGAUACUAACAUGGGCGGAGAUCACGUGAAGGUGUGUCACGAUUGAGGGUCAUGCUGGACGCUCAUGUCAAUCCUUCAAGAGUUUGUAGCGGGAUGGUGGGGAGGUGUAUCAGGCCUUAUAGUCGGUCACCCAUUCGACACAGUGAAGUCUAGGCUCCAGACCCAAGGAGUGGGGGGAAGGGCAAUAAGAUAUCAUGGAACUAUUCAUUGCUUUGCUGAUAUCAUUAAAACUGAAGGGGUACAUGGUCUGUAUAAAGGGAUGGCAUCACCGCUCCUUGGAAUGGCCGCCAUAAAUGCUACCAUAUUUGGAGUGUACGGUAUUUCAAUGCGUCACCUUGAGAACCUAAGCCUUUUUCCUUUCCUUACUAAUUCAGCCAUUUCAGGUGCUUCAGCAGGAGUAGUCCAGUGCUUCAUAUGCUCACCUCUUGAGCUCAUAAAGCUAAGGAUGCAAAUGCAAGGCAUUGGCAAAGAACAUACCAUACGCAAGAAAAAGGAUGUCAAAUCAGCUGGAGGUAGGUCUCCGCAAUACCGAGGUCCCCUACAGACAGCACUCCACAUUGUCAGAACAGAAGGGCCGCUCGGACUGAGUAACGGAUUGACUGUGACGUUUUGGCGGGAGACCCCAGCUUUUGCUGUGUACUUUUAUACUUACGAUUAUCUUUGUCUGAAAUUAGCCCGCGGGGAACCCGUGACUGAUCUGGGCCCAAUGGAGCUCUGCCUCGCUGGCGGUUUUAGUGGGAUCAACGCAUGGCUGGUGACUUAUCCAUUUGACGUAAUUAAAUCACGGAUACAGGUAGAUGGCGUCGACGGUCCACAGCAGUAUACAGGUAUGGUGGAUUGCUUUAGGAAGAGCUAUCGGGCCGAGGGGUACAAGGUCUUUUUUAGAGGCUUGAACUCGACUUUGAUCAGAGCUUUUCCUACCAAUGCUGCCACAUUCUCUACUGUGACUUAUAUUCUGAGAUUUUGGAGAAGAGAAUCAUAGUCCUCAUUCUAUUUAUUAUAAUUUAUUGUGUUUUAUUCUUAAUUGUAGCACGUGAUAAUUUUCACGAUGUUAAAUUUCCAAUGAAGAUAUCUUCUUUUAUGAUAACAUAA